AUGUGUCCGCAGUCUUAUCCUUGCGGAUCACAACCGGGAUACUGUAAGCUGCAGCCACCUACACAGUAUGUCAAGUUGCAGCCGCAACCCGUGACCACCAAAAUACAGGGGAACGGAGCAGGAUGUCAAGUUCAACCGGCACCCUUGGCAUGCUCAAUGCGUGCUCGAGUAACUGCUAAUGUGGUUAGUCUUGGUGCUCCUUCAGUCUCAGCUUUCGUCAGUGGUCAGGCUAAAGCCUGUGUAUGUGGUUCCGUAGGCCAGCCCUGCAUUCGUCCAUGUCCGGCUAACCAGAUUCCCGCUGCAUGGAGCAAAUACUUUCGUGAAUCGUCUUACCAAUGA